AUGCGUCAGGUGCACCGAAUCCAGUUGAUUCAGCCGAGCUCAUCUGCUCGCGUGCUCUUCUCGGUGCGGGCCGAGCUUGGGCAGAUGGAGGACGUCGCCCUGUCUCUUCUGGAAGUCAACUCCAACAACGUGUCGGCACUGAGAACAGCCUUCGUGGAGCGCUUCCGUUCGGCGGCGCCUUCCGUGGGGCUCACGCCUGAGGCUUUCCCGAGCGAGUGCAGUGGGGUGGCCCUCAUCCAGGCUGCUGAAGUGCCCAAGCUGUGCGACUACCUCGGGCAGUUCCAGGUCCUCGGUGGCGCAGUCGUCACGGCCUAUGCCAUCAUCGCAGGCCAGCUCGAGAGCUUGCCGAGCAUCUUCUUGGUGCCAAAGGAGGCAGAGCCCAGCCCGGACGAUCUGACGUUCCAGGCGCCGGCGGAGGCAACGGGCCAUGUCCUGAGCAUCCAAGAGGGUGGCCUGAAAGCCCUGCCGUCCACCUCCACGUCUCUGAUUGUAACAGUCGGGCAGUCAAGUGCAGAGCGGCAGAGUUGCGUGCUGGCAGCUCCCUUCGGCUAUGCUGGAUCGGUGUCGCCUGCUGGCAUGAACUGGACGUCUAAGUCCAUUUUGGAUUGCAGCUGGCUUCCGUACAAUGGCCCACGCAAGCUCUACCUGGACAACCUGAUGAACCAGGCGGGAUUGGCCACGGACGCUGAUGUGACACUCAAUGUUACGAUCCUGACAACGGUAAGGCGCGCGGGAUACCUCUGGUCUUUCCCAACGGCAAGCACCUUUUUCUGGCUGCGGGAGCGCACUCCAGCACCGCAGGUUGUACAGGUUUUAGAGCCAGGGGCUGCUGCCCCUGCGGCCAUGGUGUGGCUGCAGGAGGGAGGUGAGGCGGCCAGCAAUGCGAAGUGCUACUUCACCUUGCACUACGAGUCCUUGCGCCAGUCCGAUGUGCCUGCCCCCUUCCUCGUUGAGGUGCCCUCCCUCACCGCGAGCGUCGCUACUUUCCUGGAAGCCUUCCGGCCCACCACCCGCGCGGAGGGCGUGCACGAAGCCAGCAGCUGGAGGACAAACGUGGACUUUUGUGCAUGGCCAGCUGUCUGCGAGCUUCCUCUGAAUGGAACGCUGCCCGCGGAAUUGGUUCACGUGCCCUCGGGCUACUCGCGGCUUUGUGCCUGGGCGCUGUGGCCUGGAUACCUCGAGUCUCCUCCCAGCUGCAAGCUCAUGGGGCCUCUGGGAACCACUGAGGUGAUCCAGGCCUCCUUUGUGCCACAGGCGGCGACCGCAGCGCAAGUCGCCGCUCUCGACCCGGACGUGGCCGUGCCGGAGGAGGUGGGCUCGGACACCGCGCUCCGCGCCCAGCUCCUGCAGAUCCCGACAGGUGCCGAUGCCUCCAGUGCCCGGAGGCUGAGCGCGGUGGCCGAAGUCUUCCCGCUGUUUCUGGAGCGAAGCCACCCGCUGCAGUACCGCUUCGGGUCUGUGGCGCUCGACGCGCGCGUCUUCCUGCAGCCAGGGCUCACCCAGGAGUCUUUGACGUCCAGCCUGUCGCUCUCUGAGUGGAGGGAUCUGGGGCUCGCCGCGGCCCCUCCUGUGCUGCCUUGGCCCACUCGUCAGUUGAGCGAUCACAUCCUCUUUGUGGUGGACGUGCGCCUGCUGACAGGUGUCAAUCGUUGGAGUGCAGAGACGCGGAGCGUGGCCAUCCUCCUUGUAGGCCAGCAGCCCGCCGUGUCUGUUUCUCGUGCUGCCGCCCGACAGCUGCGUGUGCAGGCUUCCAGGGCCAACAGUACGAUUUACUUCAAGUGGCUCAGCGGGGCAGCUUCCUCCACUUUCGGAGGGGACCUCGUUCGUCUGCAGACCGGCGCGACGGCUCUGGCCGAUGCCUUCGUGCUGGCGCCGGAGGCCGCACUACAUCAAGGCGUGGAUGCAGCUCUGUGCACUGUUGGUGCCGAUUCGCCACAGGAAGCGCAACAACAGUUCUGCGUCUGGCAAGCUGCAGAAGCACUGGAAACAGAGAUUCCAAGCAGCGCUCGCUGGAGCUUGUGGGCUGCCGUUUCUAGUCCGGGUCUGCCGUCCUCGGCGCCUGCCGCGCUCAGCGUGGGCGCGCAGUGCGCGGCUCCCGUGGGCGUGGCCUUUGCGCUGGCUCCAAGUUGCAGCAGCGGGCAGAUGAUCGAAAGUGGGGAGAAUUGCACGGCCAGCUGUCAGCCAGGCUACCAGCCCUCUGUGGCCACACUGCAGUGUCACGAUGGCAUCCUGGCCCCCUUGCAGUUCGUGUGCCUUGAGCUGGCUUGCGAAGCUCCUUUCAACGUCAGCUAUGCUGCCGAGCCUGCCUGCUUGGAGGGCGGCACGGUGUCUCCAGGGGGCCGCUGCACCCCGGCCUGUGAAGGGGGCUACGUGCCCUCAGAGGCCCUCCUGAGCUGCGCACGAGGCAGCCUGAGUCCGCCGGCCUUCUGGUGUGAGGAGGCAGCCUGUGAGGCACCGAGCGACGUGCUCUACGCCGCCAGCCCGUCCUGCAGCGGCCUCUUGCGAGUCACCUCUCGAAGUACCUGCACCCCACAAUGCCAGGAUGGCUACCUGCCGAGCGAGAACAGCCUUCAGUGCAUUCGCGGCCAGUUCUCUCCCUCCACGUUCGGCUGCGAACCAGGCGUCACGGUUGACAUGGGCAUCAUCAUCGCAAGUGUGCCAAGCACGUUGCUAGCAGCUGGCCUGGCCCUUCUUGCCGGGUACUGCGCCUGGAGCGGCCGCACCCCACCGAAGGUCGUCGAGCAAGAGAACGAUCCUCUUCAGGACUGGUGGACUUGUGUGCACGAGGUGGAGCCGGGCAUGUGCGUCUUCUGUGGAAAGCAGCCAGAGGAGGUCGAAACCAGGUACGAGGAGCAUGGUCCGACCUCGCUCUUCAGGUCCUGCCGCGCUUGCGCGGCGCUCCUCGGAUUUGAGGAGGAAGAGGAGGAGGAAGAUGAGGAGGCGGAGGCUGGGGAGCUGGAGGAGCCAGCGGAGGUCAGCCUUCCGCCGCAGGUGACCGUAGCUAGUCUGCUUCCAGUGAAUGAUCUGAGGUCCUUGCCCGACGUUGCGGGCAUAGAGAGUUCCGAACCUGAGGACAAGACUCCGCCGCCCAACCUACUUGUUGCCUCUCCUGGCUCCAUUAGUGAUGCCGUUGCGGGCCUAAAAAUGGACGACCUGCUCAAAGAGCAGGCCCUGGAUAGAGGGCCCAGCGACGCAGAGAGGCAAAGCCCGACGUUUCAGAGCGACGUGCCCCAGUCAGAUGGUUUUCAAGCGCCCGAGCGAACCUCAGGCUUGGCGGACAGCGUGUCUCGUGAAGAUGCAUCGGCGCCACUGCGUGGUGACCGUGGUGACCGGGGUGACCAUGGCGACCGUGGUGACCGUGUUGACCGUGGUGAUCGUGUAAGCACGAGGAAGCAUCUCCAAGAGGAAGUAGAUCCAGACUCCAGGACACCACGUCGCUCCGACUUCGGACAAGGCCCUGAUGCGCGCUUCUCCAGACGCGAGACUGAGUUCCGCAAGCCACGUGAAAGGGCCUUUGAAUCCAGAGAUGAGCUUCCUCCGGCCUUUCCCAGGCCAAGCCAACGCAGACGUGAGCCUUCCUCCCAACAUGCAGCCGAGAUGCGACGGAUCGUGGCAGAGGAGGCCCCUCUGGCUUUUCCUGGCUCCCGACGCACCGAGCGACCUAGCCAGGACUUGGAGGCUAGCCACCCUCGAAGUCGGCGCACGAGGGAGAGCCGGCGGAGCCUCUUUCCAGCGGAUGCCAGGGAGAGCCGGCGGAGCCUCUUUACCCCGGAGCCUGCAGAUGCACGGACUUCCCUAGAGCCCCAACGCUGGGGCAAGGCACCGCUGCAUGAUGAGGACUUUCGCAGGGCAUCGCGCGAGCCGACACAUCGAUCAGAGAGAGCAGAAGGUCUUCGCGAACCACGACGAGGCCACGCGAGAGGCGGCGAACGAACCGGAGCAGGAUCUCGGCCUCGGCGCGGCUACGAAUGA